AUGGCGAAUCGAGUGGCGAUUAACGGCACCGUUAUCUUCGUUUACUUCAACGCUGGCUACAACGACAUGCUGGAGAACUGGGCAUGGCACGUGCAGGCGGUGGGACUUGGCGGCCAUUUCAUCAUCUUUGCCGCUGAUCAAACAGCUCUAGCCUUCGCCACCAGCAAAUGGCCGGGCCAGGCCGUCUUGCUGCCGUUUUCAGGGCAGUUCGGGCAAGAAGAGAAAAUUACUGUGGGGAAGUUCAGUCAAGCUGUUGAAAAGUUCAGUCAAGCUGUUGGUAAAUUUAGUCAAGCUGUUGGGAAGGUCAGUCAAGCUGUUGGGAAGUUCAGUCAAGCUGUUGGGAAGUUCAGUCAAGCUGUUGGGAAGUUCAGUCAAGCUGUUGGGAAGUUCAGUCAAGCUGUUGGAAAGUUCAGUCAAGCUGUUGGUAAAUUCAGUCAAGCUGUUGGGAAGUUCAGUCAAGCUGUUGGGAAGUUCAGUCAAGCUGUGGGGAAGUUCAGUCAAGCUGUUGAAAAGUUCAGUCAAGCUGUUGGUAAAUUCAGUCAAGCUGUUGGGAAGUUCAGUCAAGCUGUUGGGAAGUUCAGUCAAGCUGUUGGGAAGUUCAGUCAAGCUGUUGGGAAGUUCAGUCAAGCUGUUGGGAAGUUCACUGUGGGGAAGUUCAGUGAAGCUGUUGAAAAGUUCAGUCAAGCUGUUGGUAAAUUUAGUCAAGCUGUUGGGAAGGUCAGUCAAGCUGUUGGGAAGUUCAGUCAAGCUGUUGGGAAGUUCAGUCAAGCUGUUGGGAAGUUCAGUCAAGCUGUUGGGAAGUUCAGUCAAGCUGUUGGAAAGUUCAGUCAAGCUGUUGGUAAAUUCAGUCAAGCUGUUGGGAAGUUCAGUCAAGCUGUUGGGAAGUUCAGUCAAGCUGUGGGGAAGUUCAGUCAAGCUGUUGAAAAGUUCAGUCAAGCUGUUGGUAAAUUCAGUCAAGCUGUUGGGAAGUUCAGUCAAGCUGUUGGGAAGUUCAGUCAAGCUGUUGGGAAGUUCAGCCGUAGCAUCGUCUAUCCCUGGGUUCAGCAACCCAUCUCCUCCCCUUCCGGCCUCCACGUUCACCCCACUUCCCUCCUGCCUCUAACCUUGUUCCCUUCCUCGCCCUUUCUCCCCCAUACACGCUCCACCUCAGGCCGUAGCAUCGUCUAUCUCUGGGCCGUAGCAUCGUCUAUCCCUGGCUUCAGCAACCACCUCCUCCCCUUCCCUGCCCAAGUCCCCUCUGCCAAUGCCUCUCGGGUGUGCUCGGCCCUUCCAGCACUCUUAGCGGCCCAGCUCAUGCAGGCAGAGCAGAGCACCAUCAUCAGUGAUGUCAGCACUGUAUGGUUGAAAGACCCCUUCCCCUUCUUCUCCCCUGACUAUAACCUCAUCCUUCCCUCCUUCCGAGACCAAAGAAAAGCAGCGGAGAUAGGAGCAGGCCCCCAAGAAGCCUCCGCCAGCAGCGGUAGCAGCAGCGACGGUUCUGGUUCGGGCCCGAGCCUCUGGUUCAGGUUCGGGAAGCUACGAACCACGGGCCUCCAGGCUUGUAUGAACCGAGCCAUAGCACAUAUGGUGAAGGAGGAAAACCAGAAGGACGGAGCUUCGGUAGGGGUCUUGCCCGUGCCUCUGUUUCCCCCUGGGUGGUUGGCUGUGGGGAACCGCGAGUGGUUUGAGGCGCAGCGAGAGCGGUUGGUUGCGGUGCAUAACAACUGUGGCAUGGAGAGCAAGCACAAGGCGAAAUGCUUCAGGAGUAUGAAGCUUUGGUUGAUUGAUGAGUGA